AUGGCUAGAAAUUUUGAUGAUAUGUUUAAUGAGGCUUUGUAUGGCAAAAGAAGACGGCAAGAUAACACAGUCAUAGAUAAUUGGAUCGAUGAGUGUUUACUCCAAGAUUCAGAAGAAGAAGAUAUCGAUAGAAGCUCUAUCCCAAUUACUCGUAGAUGGAUCAACAGAGAUCGAGAAGCAGGACAUGAUCGCCUUUUUCAAGAUUACUUUGCAGAUGAACCGGUGUAUAAUGCUGACAUUUUCCGACGGAGAUUUCGAAUGAGAAGACAUGUGUUCAUUUGGAUAGUAGACGCUCUCUCAAACGUCUAUCCGUAUUUCCAACAGAGGAUUGAUGCAACUGGAAGAAGAGGCUUGUUGCCACUCUAG